UUCACAGCCCCCAAUACAAAAAGAUGCUAACUUUAGCUUCCCCAACUCUUCACUCAAUCAACAAAACCAAGAGUUCUUGUUGGGUGAAGAAAAGAAACAAAAAAAUCAAAACUUUUUUUGAGGGGGGAAGAAGAAGAAGGAGAAGAAGAAGAAAAACAACCUUAAGGAACAGCACAUUGUUGCUGUUGUUGUUGUUGUGGUGAUGGCAAGCACCAGUGGAACAAAGGGUCCUCAUGGGGUGCCAAGGCCACCAUCUAGAAGGUUCACAAGGUCAGCAACAAAGGUUGUGGAGCUUCCAAAUGAGGAAGGUGGUGUUGACAGUGAGAUUGUGCCUUCUUCACUUGCUGUUAUUGUUCCUAUUCUCAGAGCUGCCAUGGAGGUUGAGGAAGAGAAUCCCAGAGUUGCUUAUCUUUGUCGCUUCCAUGCAUUUGAGAAGGCUCAUAACAUGGAUCCUACAUCAAGCGGUCGUGGUGUUCGACAGUUCAAGACCUACCUGUUGCACAGACUUGAAAAGGAAGGAGAAAUUACAGAAAGUAUGACAAACAAAAGUGAUGCUAGGGAGCUGCAAACAUACUACCAAUAUUUCUAUGAGAAAAGAAUUCGGGAUGGAGAAAAUACUCAGAAACCGGAGGAGAUGGCUAAAAAUGUUCAGAUUGCAACUGUAUUGUAUGAAGUGCUGAAGGCUAUGGUACCUGCACAAAGCAUUGAGGAGAAGACAAGAAGAUAUUCAGCGGAUGUUGAGAGUAAAAGAGGAGAAUAUGAACACUAUAACAUUCUUCCAUUAUAUGCUGUUGGUGUUAAACCAGCAAUCAUGGAUUUUCCUGAGAUUCAAGCAGCACUCAAUGCUUUACGCCGGGUGGAUCAUCUUCCACCGAUUCAUCAUGAUGUCCCUAGAGAUGGUUCAACACACCCAACACAUUAUAAGAAAGUUAAUGAUAUACUUGAUUGGAUUUCCUAUAUUUUUGGCUUUCAGAAAGGAAAUGUGGCAAAUCAAAGGGAGCACCUUAUACUAUUACUUGCCAAUAUGUAUAUAAGGAAUAAGGAUGCAUCUGAAGAGCUUGAUGAUGAAACUGUAGACAAGUUAGCAGCAAAGAUCUUCAAAAAUUAUGAGUCAUGGUGUCAUUAUGUCCGUUGUAAAUCCAAUCUUAGGUAUCCAGAUGAACAUGAUAGACAAAGGUCACAACUCAUUUACAUUGCACUUUAUCUUCUAAUAUGGGGAGAAGCUGCAAAUAUUCGGUUUAUGCCGGAAUGUCUUUGCUAUAUUUUCCAUCAUAUGUGCCGUGACGUCUAUGGGAUUUUACAUGGCAAUGUCGAUGCUGUCAGUGGGGAGAUGUUCUUAAAAGCUGCAGAAAGUGAUGAGCUUUUUCUUAGGGAAGUCAUAACUCCUAUAUAUGAAGUUUUAGCCAAGGAAGCAAAGAGAAACAACAAAGGCAAGGCUAGUCAUUCCAACUGGAGAAAUUAUGAUGAUCUUAAUGAAUACUUUUGGUCUGACAGGUGUUUUAAGUUAGGAUGGCCGAUGAAUCGUGAUGCAGAUUUCUUUAGGCAUUCGGAUGAGAUUCAAACAGCACAUCAUGGCCGUAGCCAAGCUAGCUCAGUUUCUGGGAAAAAGAAGCCGAAAACAAAUUUUGUUGAAGUUCGUACAUUUUUGCAUCUGUAUAGGAGUUUUGAUCGAAUGUGGAUAUUCUUUAUAUUGGCUUUACAGGCUAUGAUUAUUAUUGCAUGGAGUACCUUGGGACCUGUUGGGGUGUUUCUUGAUACUGAUGCCUUCAGAAAUGUUAUGAGUAUAUUCAUUACAUAUGCUAUUCUCAAUUUUCUGCAAGUCUCCCUGGAUAUUAUACUCACCUUGAGUGCAUUGAAGAAUAUGAAGUUCACUCAGUUGCUUCGAUAUUUUCUGAAAUUCGUGGCGGCAGCUGUCUGGGUGGUUGUUCUGCCAGUAAGCUAUUCUAACUCGGUGCAGAAUCCGCCAGAGCUCAUAAGAUUUUUCACCAGUUGGGCAGGGCAUUGGGGUGACCAGUCACUUUACACCUACAUGGUUCUACUAUAUAUGUUGCCAAACAUAGUGGCUGUAUUACUCUUUUUCCUUCCACCUCUGCGGCGAAAGUUGGAGCGAUCUAAUAUGCGACUCAUCACACUCUUAAUGUGGUGGGCUCAGCCAAAAUUAUAUGUAGGAAGGGGAAUGCAUGAGAACAUGUUCUCACUACUGAAGUAUACCUUAUUUUGGAUAAUGCUACUACUUAGCAAGCUUGCAUUCAGCUACUAUGUGGAGAUAAAUCCUCUUGUUGAACCAACAAAAUUGAUAAUGGGAAUGUCUAUUGAUAACUACCAGUGGUAUGAGUUCUUUCCAGAAAAUGAGACUCACAACAUUUUUAUUGUGAUUGCAAUUUGGGCUCCAAUUGUCCUGGUUUAUUUUAUGGAUACUCAAAUAUGGUAUGCCAUUUAUGCCACUCUAUUUGGUGGAAUUGUUGGAGCCUUCAGCCAUUUGGGUGAGAUAAGGACUCUUGGAAUGCUCCGCUCAAGAUUUGAAUCCGUGCCACAAGCUUUCAGUGGAUGUUUUUUGCCCGGAAGAAGCAGAAAGACUAUACAUGAGGAAGUGGAUGAAACGUAUGGACGGAGAAAUAUUGCAUACUUUUCUCAGGUUUGGAAUGAGUUUAUAAAUUCAAUGAGAGAAGAAGACCUGAUCAGUAACAGGGAUAGAGAUUUGCUUCUUGUUCCUUACAGUUCAAGUGAUGUUUCUGUCAUCCAAUGGCCUCCAUUCUUGCUUGCCAGUAAGAUUCCUAUAGCCCUUGACAUGGCAAAAGAUUAUAAGAAGGAGGACGACAGUGAGCUCUUCAAAAAGAUUAUGAAUGAUAGCUACAUGUAUUCGGCAGUCGUCGAAUGCUAUGAAACUCUCAAGGAUAUCAUUUAUAACCUCCUGCAAGAUGAGGAAGAUAAGAUGAUUGUAAACCAUAUUUGUGAUAAAGUUGAAUGGAGCAUACAAGAACACACAUUUGUCAAGGAAUUCAAGAUGAGUGGUUUGCCUUCACUUAGUGAGAAAUUGGAGAAAUUCCUAACUCUAUUGCGAGCUGAUGACGACAAACUCGAGACACUGAAGCCCCAGAUAGUCAAUGUUCUGCAGGAUAUUGUAGAAAUUAUCUUACAAGAUGUUAUGCUUGAUGGCCAUUUAGUCAUGGAAAAUCUUCGUCUCAACACCAGAGAAAGAGGACAGAGAUUUGUCAACAUAGACACCUAUUUUACUGUCAACAAAUCAGUGAAGGAGAAGGUUAUUAGGCUUCAUUUGCUUUUAACAGUAAAGGAAUCAGCCAUAAAUGUGCCUCAAAAUCUGGAUGCCCGCCGCCGUAUCACAUUCUUUGCAAAUUCCUUAUUCAUGAAUAUGCCGAAGGCUCCCAAAGUUCGAAACAUGUUGUCCUUCAGUGUUUUGACUCCAUAUUACAAAGAAGAUGUUCGAUAUUCGAUUGAGGAACUCAAUAAGGAAAAUGAAGAUGGGAUAUCAAUCUUAUUCUACUUAAGAAAGAUAUACCCUGAUGAAUGGCGUAAUUUCCAUGAGCGGCUUAAUGACUUGAAAGUUGAGAGUGAUGAGGAUAAGAAUGACUUCAAGACACAAUGGGCAUCUUACAGAGGACAGACACUCUUUCGAACAGUGAGAGGAAUGAUGUAUUAUAGGGAAGCUUUGAUUCUUCAAUGUUUCCUGGAAUAUGCUGGAGACAAGGCUAUAUUUAGCGGCUUCCGGACAACGGAUUUUCAAGAUAAAGAUAAGAAGGGGCUCUUUGAAUAUGCACAGGCUUUGGCUGAUUUGAAGUUCACCUAUGUUGUUUCUUGCCAAGUCUAUGGUGCUCAAAAGAAAUCCAAGAAUCCCAAAGAGAGAAGUAGCUAUACUAACAUUCUUGGCCUGAUGUUAGAGAAUUCAGCGCUUCGUGUCGCCUACAUAGAUGAAGUCGAAGAGGCAAAGGAAGGGAAAUCACAGAAAGUUUAUUACUCAGUUCUUGUCAAAGGAGGUGAAAAGUAUGAUGAGGAAGUAUAUCGCAUCAAGCUUCCGGGUUUACCAGUUGAGAUUGGUGAAGGGAAACCUGAAAAUCAAAACCAUGCCAUUAUAUUCACUCGUGGUGAAGCCUUGCAGACCAUAGACAUGAAUCAAGAUAAUUACUAUGAAGAAGCAUUCAAAAUGAGAAAUGUGUUGGAAGAAUUCCAAAAAGAUCAUAGUGGACGAAGACGACCUACCAUAUUGGGUCUAAGAGAGCAUAUUUUUACUGGAAGUGUUUCAUCACUUGCUUGGUUUAUGUCAAACCAGGAGACUAGCUUUGUGACCAUCGGCCAACGAAUUUUGGCAAAUCCUUUAAGGGUUCGAUUUCACUAUGGCCAUCCUGACAUAUUUGACAGAAUCUUCCACUUAACAAGAGGUGGCAUAAGUAAAGCAUCAAAAGUCAUAAACUUGAGUGAGGAUAUAUUUUCAGGGUUCAAUUCAACGCUACGAAACGGAUUCAUCACUCAUCAUGAGUACAUACAAGUCGGUAAGGGGCGUGACGUGGGAAUGAAUCAGAUAUCACUCUUUGAGGCUAAGGUUGCAAAUGGAAAUGGAGAACAAACACUUAGCCGAGAUGUUUAUCGCCUCGGACGACGAUUUGACUUCUUCAGAAUGUUGUCAUUCUACUUCACAACAGUUGGUUUCUAUUUCAGCAGCAUGAUAACUGUGUUAACUGUCUAUGUGUUCUUAUACGGCCGAGUAUACAUGGUAUUGAGUGGAGUUGAAAAAGAAAUUCUUCAAAGUCCAAUCAUGCAGCAGAGUAAAGCCCUUGAACAGGCCUUGGCAACUCAAUCUGUUGUUCAGUUGGGAUUGCUGCUGGUACUGCCAAUGGUUAUGGAAAUUGGUUUGGAGAAGGGAUUCCGAACCGCCUUGGGUGAUUUCAUCAUCAUGCAGCUGCAACUAGCCUCAGUGUUCUUUACUUUCCAGCUUGGAACAAAAGCUCAUUACUAUGGAAGAACUCUCUUACAUGGAGGCUCUAAGUACAGACCGACCGGCCGUGGUUUUGUUGUCUUCCAUGCAAAGUUUGCUGAUAACUAUAGGAUGUAUUCCCGGAGCCACUUUGUUAAGGGUCUUGAGAUACUCAUACUUUUGAUUGUUUAUGAAGUUUAUGGAUCAUCAUACCGCACCUCACUUUAUCUGUUCAUCACAUUCUCAAUGUGGUUUUUGGCAAUUUCUUGGUUGUUUGCUCCAUUCUUGUUCAAUCCUUCUGGUUUCGAUUGGCAAAAGACUGUGGAUGAUUGGACUGAUUGGAAAAGGUGGAUGGGAAAUCGUGGUGGUAUCGGUAUCUCCUCUGAUAAAAGCUGGGAAUCUUGGUGGGAUGAGGAGAAUGAACACUUGAAAUAUUCAAAUAUAAGGGGCAAAUUGCUUGAGAUAAUACUCGCAUUUCGCUUCUUUAUUUAUCAGUAUGGAAUUGUCUACCACCUUGAUAUUGCUCAUCAUAGCAGAACUUUAUGGGUAUAUGGACUUUCUUGGGCAGUUUUGGUGAUUGUCCUUAUUGUCUUAAAGAUGGUAUCGAUGGGUAGACGAAGAUUUGGCACUGAUUUCCAGCUAAUGUUCCGUAUUCUCAAGGCACUCCUCUUCCUCGGCUUCGUGUCAGUCAUGACUGUACUAUUUGUGGUGUGUGGACUUACCAUAUCAGAUUUGUUCGCCGCCGUUCUUGCCUUCAUGCCCUCUGGUUGGGCCCUUAUACUGAUUGCGCAAGCAUGCAGGGGAUGCCUGAAGGGAGCUAGAUUAUGGGAUUCAGUGAAAGAGCUCUCUAGAGCUUAUGAAUAUGUAAUGGGGCUUCUAAUCUUCAUGCCAAUAGCAACUUUGUCAUGGUUCCCAUUUGUUUCUGAGUUCCAAACACGUUUGCUUUUCAACCAAGCAUUCAGUAGAGGGCUUCAGAUUUCUAUGAUCCUUGCUGGGAAGAGGGACACAGAUAAAAAUGACAAAGUUGAAUGACAUUAUUGGAUUGGAAAUUGCAAGAGUUUCAAUUUGAGGACAUAUCAGCUCCUGUGUCAGAAAAUUUUGGGAGAGUCUGAUGGAUAGUUUAUUUAUUCUUUUUCUUUUCAAACUGUAUAGACUGAGAGGCAGAAUGACAAAUAAAUAGUGAAUGAAUGAUUAAAGCAGAAACUAGAAAUGAAAUGGCAAAUCUGUAUCAGCAUUUUAUGUAUAUGUAUGAUAUAUUAAUUACCACAGAAAGAGGUUCAUAGGGUGAAAUACUUACUGUUCAUUACAAUUUAAUUAGAUU